CUUUUUAUCUAUUGGCUUGACGGUCGCGAAAGCUUCAGCGCGAUUCUGCGAGCUUCAUCUGAGCGGAAAAAUCCACGCGUUCAUCAUUUUUCCUUCUACAAUGGCAGCAACGGAGAAGAGUCAGAGAGAGCAAAAAAUUCGGUCGCUAUUCGACCUUCCUUCCGAUUUCUUCGAUUCCUGCCGCCUCCUCCUCUUCGACCAUCCUUUCAUUACCCCCACCGACGAGGCUUCGUCAUCUCAUCGGCCUACGUCGAGCGCUGCAGUCGCGAGCGCAGAUAGCGUGGCAGUGGGAGAGGAAUCUCACUUAAAGGGAGCCGAAGAGAAGGUGAAUGGGGCUACCCAACGAUGGACUUGUAACACCUGCAAGUCGGAGUUUGAAUCCCUCCAGGAUCAGCGAUCGCAUUUCAAAUCUGACUUCCACCGACUUAAUAUUAAGCUGAUUGUUGCUGGUAAGAAUAUUGUCAACGAGGAAGAAUUGGAUCAACAUGGCUGUGAUUCUUCCUUUGAAGAUUUCGAUGUAUCUAGUAUUUCGGGAUCUGAAGAUGAUUUUGAAAAAAGUGCAAUUACAUUAGUCAAAUCAAGGGAAGGAGUUAAACAGAGAUUGUAUAUCCGCCUCCACUCAGGGAAAAUAGUUUCUGUAUGGAGAAAUUUGAUUUUGGAUGAGUCUGAGGAUUUUUCUCUGGAUGAUUACAAGAUGGAUCAAAUGAGAAAUGAUGGAAGUGCAUUAAUUUUAGGGGAGGAUGAGCUGACCAAUAGGUUGAAAAAUUUACUUUCUGAACCUCGGGAUAAAUCCCACCUGAGGAUUGUUUUGCUUUUGAGUGGUGGGCAUUUUGCGGGGUGUGUAUUUGAUGGGAAUUCAAUUAUCGCACAUAAGACUUUCCAUAGAUAUGUUGUUAGAGCAAAGGCUGGCAAGAAACAGUCAACUAAAGAUGCCGCAGGAAAAGCUGCACAUUCUGCAGGUUCAUCUCUACGCCGCCAUAAUGAAGCAGCACUGAAAAAGGAAAUUCAAGACCUACUACUUACUUGGAAACCAUAUAUAAAUUCUUCCUUGGUCAUUUUCGUUUAUGCUCCUUCAAGAAAUCGUCAAAUUCUUUUUGAUGUGGAGAAGCAACACUGGCGUUUUCAUGACCAUGUUACUAGACAAAUACCUUUGACAGUCCGGAGACCAACAUUGAAGGAAGCCAAGCGCAUCUAUCUUUGUUUGACGCAGUUGUCCUAUGAAGAAGUGGAUGAGGACAGUCAACUGGAAGAGCCAAAUUUACAUACUGGUGAUGAAGUAAAGAAAAAUCAACCAUUUCACGAGUCACGUGUAAUCGAACACCUAGAACUUAAAAUGUCAUCUACAGUAUUAGGCUCUCCUGUGGACUCAGCUGAGGAGCAUAUACCGAAUGAUUUUGCAAAUAUAAGUCUAUCCCAUUGUGAAAAUAGAUCAACCUCCUUGCACGUGGCGGCGCGUACCGGUAAUGCACAAUGGACACUUGAGCUUCUUGAACAAGGUUGCAGCCCUUGCUUAAAAGAUGAAAGAGGUCGAACUCCUUACAUGUUGGCAACAGAGAAGGAAGUUAGAAACACUUUUAGAAGAUUUAUGGCUGCCAACCUUGAUAGAUGGGAUUGGCAAGCUGCUUACGUGCCCAGUCCAUUGACAAUAGAAAUGGAGGAAGCGCAAGCAGCCAAGCAGGCAGAGAAGCAUGCCAAGAGAAAAGCUAAAGCCAAGGAGUCAAAGAAAUUGCGAAAGGAAAAAGAAAAAGCCAAGGAACAAGAGGCUUCUUUGUGCGUACAACCCUCCAAACAAAAACCACCAUCUGAUGUUAGAAAGCAAAUCUUAGAGAAGGGCACUACGAGGGUGGCGCCUUCACGGCAACUGCCAACACCAAAUGAAGUGGCAAUCUCAAAGGAGGAGGAAGAAAAACUGGCUCUUGCAGCGGAGAGAGAGAAGAGAGCUGCGGCGGCAGAAAGGAGAAUAGCAGCCAUGAAGAAUGUGGGCAUUAGCAGUUCAGAUACCAGAAGUUUAGCUAAUGAUCUCUUGUGCUCGUGCUGCAAUGCUUCAUUGUCGGGGAAGAUACCAUUCCACAGGUACCAUUACAAAUACUGUAGCACUUCUUGCAUGCAUGUUCAUAGGGAGGUUCUUGAAGAAGAUGGAUAAACUUGAAAUGCUUAUCUUUAUGUAACUUUGUAUUUUCCUUAUAAAUGAAUAUGAAGGUUGGCCAUAAAUUGUAAAUUUUUUGUUCAAUUUUGAUAUGAUAGAAAUUCAAAUGCAGGAUAUUGAUAAUAGCUUUCAAAAUCUUUUUAUGAA